CACCGGACAAGAAGAAGAAGAAGAAGGAGAAAGCUACGGUUAUCAGCAUACGGUUCGAGGGGGUUUCCUGGUUCAUGGAUCUAUUUGCUCCUGACUAUUGUUGAACGGGACCAGGGUCCAGAGGCUCUGCUGGGUGUUCGACACUGUGCUGGGUGUCUUCGGGACUGUGCCGGACUGUGCUGGGUGUGUUCGGGACUGUGCCGGACUGUGCUGGGGUGUGUUCGGGACUGUGCUGGACCCUUGAGGAUGCUGCUGGUCCUGUCUGAAGACCAUAAGGAGCAUCUCUCCUUCCUGCCGAAGGUUGACUCCGCAGUGGUGGGAGAGUUUGGUCGCAUCGCGCUGGAGUUUCUGAGGAGAGGGACCAGUCCAAAGAUCUACGAGGGGGCAGCCAGGAAGCUGUCUGUUCCCGUGGAGACGGUGCAGCACGGAGUGGAAGGCCUGAUGUUCCUGAUGACAGAGAGCUCCAAACACAUGAUCUCUGAAGUGGAUUUCCUGGACUCGGUGCUGGUUCUGGGGUUCGGUGAGGAGCUGAACCAGAUCCUGUUACAGCUCUACCUGCAGCACCACGCUCAGAUCCGCAGCAUCCUGAGCCAGCUACCCUCCAAUCUGCCGGCCUACCACAACCUGGAGUGGAGACUGGAUGUUCAGUUGGCGAGCCGUCCGCUGCGUCAGCAAGUGGUUCCCACGAUGACGAUGCGUCUACUGCUGGCGGACGGGGCUGACGGCGGCCGCAGCAGCCGGGUUCUCCAGACGGACCCCAGCUCCCUCCUGCACCUCAUCUCCACACUCGAGGCCGCUCUGGCUGCCAUGAAAACCAGCCACGCUCGCCGCAUAUUUCGCAACAUCAAAUAACCCAUCACUGCCUUGAUACCUGGAGACAUUAGGCAGGGUUGAUUUAAACUAGGCUUUUUUCAAACCCCAAUAUGUGGCAGAUGGUACGGACUGUGUUGUACAUAAGGUUUCUACGGUUUCUAAGGUUGACGUUUGUAUUAAAGUGUCAGACAAG